AUGAGCGAUUCAACUCGGUCUCCGCUACUGACCAUGCGUGCAUGGACGCAUAAUGUCCAAGGAAUUCCGUCGAAAGUCCUGUCUCUUUCCAACGAAGUGCCCCGACCUGCACUGAAAUCCCCCACGCAGGUCCUAGUGCGUGUGCGAUAUGCAGCCUUGAACCCAGGGGGCUCGAUCAUGGUGCAGCUCUGCCCUUCUAUUCUCCGGACAAAGCCUUGCAUUCCAGAAAUGGAUUUCGCCGGGGAAAUCGUACAAGUGGGCGACGAUGCCGCGGCAACGCAUAGCUUCAAACCGGGCGUCGAAGUUUUUGGCAGCAUCCCUGUUCCCGAACAUUUGAACGGGCAGGGUGCCCUAAGUGAAUUUGUUUCUGUGGAUGCAGCGAACAUCUUGCCGGCUCCUGAGAAGGUGGACCUGCAGGAAGCUGCGGGUUUGCCAGUGGCCGGCCACACAGCCCUGACUUUGUUGGACAGUGCGAAGCUCGGGCGAGGCCAGAAGGUUUUCAUCAACGGAGCUCUGGGAGGGAUUGGAUCGAUGGUCACACAGAUGAUUCGUGAUGCUAUAGGAGACGAAGGCUACAUCGUCGCGACGUGUUCUGGAGAAAAGGCUGCGUUGCUGAAAGACAUAGGCGCUGACAUGGUCAUCGACCAUCGAGCAAACUCUCCCGUCCAUCAGUUUCUGGCCGAAAAAUACUCGAAUAACAAGUUCGACGCUGUUGUUGACGCGUAUGGCGUGCAAGAACUAGUUGACAAUUGCCACCGCUUUUUGAAGGAAGGCGGACCAUUUGUCACCGUCGGCAUUGCCUUUAAGGAGUAUACGUACUGCAGCAUGCUCUUUGCCGUAAGUCGAAUGCUGAAAAACGUCCUGGUACCGCGGUUCCUCGGCGGACCUCCAAGAAAGUAUGUCCAAGUAUCCUCGCUUGUGACUCCGGAAGGACUUGAGAGGCUGAAGAAAUUCUGUGACGAUGGGAAAAUGACAGUUCCUAUCGAUUCAUGCUGGGAAUUUGAGGAUGUUUACAAGGCUUACGAAAGAAUGCUCAGUUCACGGGCCAAGGGAAAGAUCAUUGUCAAGAUACACUAG